GCCCAACAAGACAACGACAAAAAUCCACCAACAGCAUACAAAUCAAUAUGGCUAACCUGAUCCAAAACACCCACCCACCCCACUCACACAUGAAAACAAAGACCACCACAGCCAACCACAAAUGAACAGCCACACCCUAGGCCAACCCCAACCUCUCUCACCACCAAAGGAAGACAAGCGAACAGCAAAGAACCUGCACAAGCAAUGCUGACACCAAACCCUACAUACAGUAAGUACAAUAGAAAGAUCGCCACCCGACUCCAUGCCCACCCAUCUCCCCCCUCCCCCUUUUCUUCCUAAUGUCUCAACAAAUGAAACUGGUUUGUAAAAAUGUUACAUGGGGGGAAAAAUACAAGAGAGAUACAUUGCAAACACUUUUGUAAAUCAAGAAAAUCUUUAACAAACCAACAGGUCUUCUGCGAAUAAAUUUUAGUUGAAUGACUCCUAUAAAUCUUACAGGAUUACUUCGCUUAACUGAGCCAGCCCAGCUGCAUUUGGGGACCUUCCUAUUCACUCUGGGAAGAGGGGAAAGCAGCAGCUGACCUGAGGCUCAAGCAAAAAUACCCCAGGGCUUUUGUUGCAGGUCCCAUUACUAAACAUAUUUUGCUGACCAGCUUCACCCUGACAACACCAGUCUAUUAGUCCAACCCUUACCUUGACAAAGAGCUCGAUCUCUGGUUCCUUCAGGGGGCUGCGGAGUCGACUUGCCAUCGUCUCUUCUUCUGCCCGCAAAACACUGCGGGUGAACGGUUAUUUCGCUCUGGUUGUCUCUCAACAAAUGUCCACAGGGAAGCAGGUGGGAGUUCUGACAGUACGGUGUUUUCCUCCAGGCAGCCGUGAAGAUGAGUCCCUCUCCAGGACUGUAUGUCACUUGGCUAUGAGUUCACCCCCGUCACUUUGCUUCCUUCCUCCAAACUAUUUAAGCCAGGAGCUUUGAGGUGUGCAGACUGACCCCAUGGGGUGGGGGGGAUUUCCACAGAGACCUACCAGGUUCCAGGCGUGAGUCAGCAAUGUUGGGCUAUCAGAGAGCAACACACCACCUUCUCCUCUGGUGUAUCAAGGAAGCCAGAUGUUGCCCUGACUCUCUGAGAAACAUCCCAGAAUAACUUCUGUUCUUUGAGUGGAACUCCACAGCUACCAGAGUUUCUAUUACAGGAAACAAGCUGGAGAUUUUCCUGUAGUGGUUUAAGAGGUCGCUAUUUAAUAUAUCACUCCUAGAUUUGGGGGGUUUUCUGGGGUGCAUGUGAUACCUUCUCUCAAGCACUUCCAGUAUACUAAGACACUCCCGUUUUGGGGGGCCCCAGGGGCACAUUUAGAAAUCUAAUAAACUGUCAUGGGUACCAUGAAAUACCCUUUCCACACACUGGCGAUGCUCAGACACACAAAGAACUGGAAAAAACAGCCCCUUGACAAAAUUUCCCCACAAUAUAUCACAUUGCAACACACACCUGCAACCCCACAGACUCCAAUGCAUACAAAUACAACCCCACAUACCAACACAAACCCCGGUAAAACACACCUAUUACUCCCUCACAUCCAGAACCUCAAUAACCCCAAAGCAUCUGCAACUUCCACAUCCCCUUCCUUCGACCCCACACAUUAUUGCUAGAGCAGGGUGUUCCAACGUGUGGCCCACAUGCGGCCCUCAAGGCCUUUUUUGGGUGGCCCUCAGCAACAUUUUAUGCUGCCCCUCACCCCGCGGCUGAGUGUCUGUGCAGGAUGGGAGGGAUGGGAAUGAAGAAAGGAAUAUUCUGGAAGAUCAGAUAACUGACUGGCAAGAACCCUGGCAUCAUUCCACACUGCAACAUUUUAUUGCAGAUCCCAUGACCAAACUCAAUAUGUUUACACAUUAUACUUUAUUUCAUUUAAUAAACAAAAUGAAAACAAAACUCUAAAACUAAACAAAAAACUAUCACUCAGCACAACUGAAUCUUUCCCCUUAUUUUGAAGGGAGGAAGUUUUCCUCUCUAAACAAUUUAACAAAGCCUAGAAACUGUAGAGAAACCAUGCUGCCUUUCUUCGGAGCAAGCCACGAGGCAAAACCGGCUGAUGUUUGUCCAGUAUGCUGUGUUCUGCCAUAAAUAGCCGCCUUUCACAGCUCUGUUUAAAGAGCUCCAUUGGUGCUCCUCUGUGUCUUGCCUUUUUGUCCUUGCUGACCUCAGUUUUCAAAACCAGCGUAUUCUGUAGGCAGUGGUGGAUGAGACAAUCUCUUUGGCUGUGGGGCAUUCAACCAAACUUAUUGAUGUGUUGCUGAGGGAUUAACCCAGCCUUCCCCAGCCCAAUGCCCUCCAGAUGUUUGGGAUUAUGGCUCCCACCAGCCUCACUCAACACAGAUUUUGGGGUUCAAGAACUCCACAGCCACUGCUUUUGUGGGGAGGGAGCAGCUGCCUGGUUUUCUGUUCACCUCACCUUGGCCUACAUUUUACCAAGAGAUUGUCCAGGCUGCUACUGAUCUCUUGGCAAAACUGCUGCUUUAAAGUACAAACCAAAAUCGAUAGGCAUCGUAACCCAGGUAUAUGAUGGCCAAUUUAAAAAUGAACCUGAGAGGAUAUAUAUAUCUGCAAGCUGAGUAAGUGACUGUCUAGGGCAUCAGACCACAAGGGGCAUCUAAAUCCAAAAAACAAGUUUUACAUAACUGGUUUAAAAAAGGAAGGAAACAGGGAAACCAGACUCUACAACGGGUAUCAUUAUUCAGAUGUGACAGAAAUAUACUUAUCAGCUGCACACCAUCGUAUUGUGUUUAUAAAUCUGUAAAGAAAUAACCAUAAUCAAAAUGUCACUAAGCCAGGUAGCUGCUCUUGGUUUGGUGUACAUUAAAGGUUUUAAUAUAUGCUAAAUACGAAAUCAUAAACGUACUUUCAUUUUGAAAGCAUCUCACGUGCAAAUACACUUAUUGCAAGACACGUUUUAGUUAGAUUUCUAGUUUUAAGAUGCAUUCUCACCUAUCUUCCAGGAGAUAUGCAGAUAUAAAUGUUUACUGCAGUGUUUUUAUUUUCACUGUCCUUUUUGUUGGAACAAUACAUGUUCUUUUGGGGCCUCUUAAACUUAAGGCAAAAAUGCCCUCCAGAUGUUGUUGGGACUAUCAGCUAUGGACCGAGUUGGCAGGGGCUGAUGUAGAGGGCCCCACAUUGACUACCCCUGGCUUAGGGCCUCAAUGUUCCUGAUUGGACUUACUGGACCUCUUUUGGUUAACUAGGAAACACACCCGCACUGCCGGCAGCGCUAAGAACCAGCUCAUUGUGAAUGGACAAUAGGAGCAUUUGAGUUCCAGCAGCAGAAACAGAUGAGAGAGACCACGAAGUCUGGAGCACAGGGGCAGGCAACAGCAGGAAAACCAGGACCGUGUGUAUGAUGCGAUGCCCGGAUCUUGGCUGAUGAGUUGGCUUCGGAUGUUUGGGGUUGUACUGGGCUUCUUAUGUUUUUCAACUUUGCUGAAGGCAGCUCCCGAGUUUUCAGGUGAGUCUGUGAGAUGAGCUAAAACUGAGAGGAGGGAGGCUCUUCUCCAGCAUCUGUCCUGCUGCAAUUGCUGUCUCCUAACAGGUGGUGACUAUAGAAGGAAGGCAGCUUCCACUAACCUUACACCCAAGAUCUUAGAAAUCUCUGUUCCAUGCAGAGAGGCGGAGGUGGGAAGAAAGGAAGGGGGACAGUGGAAAGGCUGACUCAAAGAGCCUUUUUCUUAGACCAGGGGUGGCCAACUCGCAAGAGAUUGCAAUCUACUCACAGAGUUAAAAACUGGCAGUGAUCUACCCCCUUUUUGGGGAUUCAGGUCAAAGUUGUUGAGCUUUAUUUAGGGAGGAGGAAAGUCCCAUUUUGGGGGGGUUCAGGGCAACUAUGUUGAACUUUUUUUGGGGAACCAAAGUUGUUGAGCUUCUUUUGGGUGAGCCAGUGAUCUACCACAAAUGUCCAGUGAUCUACCAGUGGAUUACAGUCUACCUAUUGGACAUGCCUGUCUUAGACUAUUGAUUGAUGACUCCUUGAAUCACAGAGCUGCAAGGGACUUCAUGGGUCAUCCAGCCCAGACCCCUGUUGCAGGAAAUUACAGAUUCCUUGAUAGGAGAGCCCACCACCUUCUGAGAUAUUUUGCUCUACCAUCAGGAAGUUUUUCUUCCAGAGUUUAAAAAGAAAACUGGGUGACAUUUUGCUGGUCCUCAUUUGAAGAGCAGCCUUGGAGUAUUAUUGACAUGAAUCUAGGAGGGCAAUUCUUCAGCUCAUUUCUGAAUUUUUCAAAUGCCUUUGAAAGCACUGUGUUGAUAUGUACAUCUUCCUAAUUUUAAUGCAUUCUUCCCUCAUCCCUAUGCACCCCAUAAUGGAAAUUAUUGUCACAUUUGGGGUUUCUAAGUGAAUCUAGAACUUAAAUUACUUCCAGGACUACACUCUAGGGUUGCCUUAAAGGAAAGAACUCCAUGCAAAAAGCAAAAUUACUAAGUACAACAAAGAGUUUAAGGUGCAUUAUUUUUGCUGCAACAGACCAACGCAGCUGCCUUUCUGGAAAUAGCUAAGAUAAUAAUAAUAAUAAUAAUAAUAAUAAUAAUAAUAAUAAUAAUAAUUUAUUAUUUGUACCCCGCUCUGGGCGGCUUCCACAAAGACCAAAAGUACACUAAGAUGUCACAUAUUUAAAACUUCCCUGAACAGGGCUGCCUUAAUAUGUCUUCUGAAUGUCAGGUAGUUGUUUAUCUCUUUGACAUCUGAUGGGAGGGCGUUCCACAGGGCGGGCGCCACUACCGAGAAGGCCCUCUGUCUGGUUCCCUGUAGCUUUGCUUCUCGCAAUGAGGGAACCGCCAGAAGGCCCUCGGCGCUGGAUCUCAGCGUCUGGGCAGAACGAUAGGGGUGGAGACGCUCCUUCAGGUAUACUGGGCCGAGGCUUUAAAGGUCAAUACCAACACUUUGAAUUGUGCUCAGAAACGUACUGGGAGCCAAUGUAGGUCUUUCAAGACCGGUGUUAUGUGGUCUCGGCGGCCGCUCCCAGUCACCGGUCUAGCUGCUGCAUUCUGGAUUAGUUGUAGUUUCCAGGUCACCUUCAAAGGUAGCCCCACAUAGAGUGCAUUGCAGUAAUCCAAGCAAGAGAUAACUAGAGCAUGCACCACUCUGGCGAGACAGUCCGCAGGCAGGUAGGGUCUCAGCCUACGUACCAGGUGGAGCUGGUAGACAGCUGCCCUGGAUACAGAUGACUGCCAGUGUGAUCAUAGUCACAUCCCCAUAGACACACCUCUUCUAAGACUGUACAAAAUUAAAAUCAACUCAAUGCAGACAUGUAUGGCUGCAAGGGUCCCUUCCAACCGUACAAUUCUAUGAUUCUAAUAGCAAGCCAGCUAUUAUCUCACCCCUCCCAUUUUGCUUAACAUCCAAUCUGAUGAAAUUUCUGUUGGAUUCAAGCUCUUCCUUGCAAUUCUUGGGCAUUUUGGGUGGUCAUGAUGAAAGGAUCUUGCCAUUUUUCAAACUAAAAAUGCAUGCUAUUGCAACCCACCUCUUUGUCUGCCCCACUCAAUUAGUAGGUUUUUCUUGCUUAUUUGGCAUGCAGAGGGUAGGCAAAUAGCACUCAUGUGAAAUCAUAGUCUCUGUAUAUGUGGUGACACUUUGCCUAUUUUAGUGCUUUCUCUACAGCACCACUUACCCACAAUGUUAAAACAAAACUACAUUGCCCCCCUCAAACCCAGCUAAAACAUCUAACACGAAAUUCCACACUCAUUUUCCAGUUAUGGAUGAUGCUGGAUUUAGUGGUUUCAAAUCAAGCUGCAACAGCAGGUACAGUGUUUCUUGUGGUUCCUUUCAAUAAAGCUGUUGUUCCAUUAUAGGGCCAGAACAGACUGCAGAGUGACUGAAUCCAGCAUGGUUACACUGACGUUCUUGAACAUUUUAAGUUGGGAUGGCCAAUGUGGUGCACUCCUGGUGCUGCUGGACUCCAACUCCCAUCAGCCUCAGCCAGCAUGGCCAAUGGUGAGGGAUGAUAGGAGUUGUAGUCCAGUGCCAUCUGGAGGGUAUCACAUUGGCAAGAUGUUAUGGACACAAUAAUAGUGCAUUAGGUAAAGGUAAAGGGACCCCUGACCAUUAGGUCCAGUCGUGACCGACUCUGGGUUGCGGCGCUCAUCUCGCUUUAUUGGCCGAGGGAGCCGGCGUACAGCUUCCAGGUCAUGGGGCCAGCAUGACUAAGCCGCUUCUGGCGAACCAGAGCAGCGCAUGGAAACGCCAUUUACCUUCCCACCGGAGCAGUACCUAUUUAUCUACUUGCACUUUGACAUGCUAGGUUGGCAGGAGCAGGGACCGAGCAACGGGAGCUCACUCCGUUGUGGGGAUUUGAACCACCAACCUUCUGAUCAGCAAGUCCUAGGCUCUGUGGUUUAACCCACAGCGCCACCCACGUCCCCAAUAGUGCAUUAGUAGUGAGCUUAUCCUGCUUUAGUUUCUUCUGUGAUGCUUCCCCAAUGCUACCAUAUCAUUGCUGUCUAGAAGGACUAUAGCACAGCAAAAGUGGGACCAAUAUAAACCAGAACAUUUGUGGUAUAAAAAGUUGUGCGAUUUCAGCAGGCAGUUGCAGCAUAUACACUGAUUGGAAAUGAAUCUGUGUAACCACCCCAAAACUUUUGCAGGUGUAGAGAAUGCACACCUGGGGCCCCCUGUAAGUAAUGUUCCUACAUCAUGAGCGUCUCAAGAACCAACCUGAACUCAUCACAUUGCUUGAUGGUGGCACCAAGAGAUAGAGGAGUGUAAAGAUUGGUGGACACUCAAGUUUUAAAAAAUUAGCUUUGCUAAGCCAGUUCUGGCCCAGAAGUGGAUGGUUUCACUUAUUUCUAUAUUUACAAAUGAUAGGAGAUCAGCAGACUUAUAUUUAGCAUUAUUUUCUUUCCAGAGACACCCAAACCCAUUUGCUUUGUUUUUCCAUCAGGUUACUUACAGAAGAUUUUGAAAAACCAUACUGCCCACGCCUGUGAUAGGGAGCAGAUGACAAUAAUUUGCCCCCACAAGACUUCCAUUAGUGUCCUUUCUGCAUUCUAUGGACGCCGAGUGCCCAGUCGAAACCUAUGCCCAACCACAGAAGACGUCUCCUUGGAAAGCACCAAUUGUGUGUCUGCCACAGCCCACCAGGUAAGAGGCCCUAACAUUUACACAGAACAGCACAAAAAAUGUGUUGAUAGAAUUAAUAACAGAGAACUGGGGCACUGCUUGCCUGAGCAGAAAUUAACAUGCUAUUUUUAAAAAUUGGAAUGUGCAAGUUUUUUUUUGUUUUAAUCAAGUGGCUGCAGUUCAGUGGUAGAAUAUCUGCUUUGCAGGUAGAAAAUUCAACCCCCAGCUUCUCUAUGUAGGGCUGGGAAUGUUCCCCAUCUGAAAUCAGAAUAGACCUGGCCAGAAGGGCUCAAGAUGACCCAAUGAGCUUCAGUUAGAGUGUUGAACUAAAAUCUGGGUUCAAAUCCCCACUCAUCCACGAAGCUUACUGGGUGACCUUGGUCCAGUCACUGUUUCUUAUUCUAGCCUAAUCUUCAUAGGGUUGUUGUGAAGACAAAAUGGGGAAGGGGGUGAACUCUAUGGUCCUUGGAAGAAUGGUAGGACACAAUUUUUAUAAAAAAUGCUCACAAAAGUUAGGACACCUAUCCACUAAAAUACAAAUGAAUAUCUGUGGGGACUUUUUUUUGAAAUAAAUAAUAAUUGCAAACUGAUAUGGAAAUGCAGUGAAAUGAACUUGCAGUUGGAAAAAUAAGAAAUCAAAGAAAUCAAAACUGAUGGACUCAUCCACUUACUUCAUAAUAUACUGGCUGCUUAGAGUACAAAACCCAUCCAAGAUGAACUAACAAAGUUUGCUCAGUAAGCAAGCCAGCCAGCUAUGUUUAUCCAAGAUUAAAGUCAAGGCAUUUCCUCAUUUGCACAAUUCAUUUGGCAAAGAGCGGGUCUGAUGGGAAGGGUGGGGAGGAGGCCUGAGAAGCAAGCUUGUGCUCUAGUAAUUCAGAACCUUGCAUCAGGAUCUGACUCACUGCUGUCACCAGGAAACUCCUUCUUUGCAUAGCUCACUAUGUCUCCUUAGCAUUGCAUACACACAACAUGUGUGAUCUUCACUCAUGUGAUAAUCAGCAUGGAGGUAGCACUGUAUUCUCCUUUCCCAUGCAGAAGGGGUUUCUAGGUAGGGAUUUUCCUUGCUUUCAUGAAAUGGCCGCAAGUAGCAGCUGUAAUGUGGUUGCUACAGGAGUAGCUGGUGUCAACAAGAAUAUGCCAUAAAUGCAGAGGAUGGAACGAAGCAUUUCAGUGUGCUGGGCAAGAGGAUAAGGCUACCAAUGGCUACUAGUCAUGGAAGUUGGCUGAUGAGGACAAAUGAGGUACAUGGUCUAGCACAGAGGUCUGACUCAAUUAGCCUUCACACAUGCUAAUUAAAUGAUUAAAUGCCCAACCAACCUCAGCCAGCCUUACCUGCCAUCUCACUUACAAGCAGUCAUGGGGAUGCCUCUGCCUGUCCUUGACUCUAGCUCUGCCUACUGCUGGUCUCCCUGCCCCACCAGUUCCAAUGGUCAAUAGCCACCAAUGUAGCCACUCCUACCUCCAUGGUCAGAAGCAGAAUGCCUUUACAUGCCUGUUGCUGGGAAUCACAAGCAAGGAGGGAGCUGUCGUAUUCACAUCCUGCUUGUGAGCUUCCCAUAGGUUUCUGGCUGGCAUCUGCGAGAUCAGAAUGUGGACUCAAUGGGCCACUGGUUAGACCCAGCAGAGCUGUUCUUAUGUUCUUCAGAUUCACUAAAAGAGAUUCCUAGGGAGAGGUUUAUGGGUAGGCUCACAGUAAUGGUCCUAAAGAGAAGAGGACUCUCUGAAUAUAUAAUCUGCAAUAUUGGAUAAGUCAACUGUUUUUGCUGCCUGUCUGUACCUUGGGAAACAAGCUCUUUGCAGUGGUGCAGUUAGUUAAUUUUAGGCUCUGGGUUUAAUGGGCUUACAAGGAAGGGAACACUCCAUAAUGAUAAUGUGCAUUCCUUCACGUACUUCAAAAUGUUCUAAGCCAGACCUCCCUCUGAUGGGGCCCCUGGAUUUCUGCCCCCAAAUUCUGCCCUGACAGCACCACUGGCUGUUUGGACUGCUGGGUCGUCAUGAGUUGAACAGGCUUUGAUCUAGUCAGGAGAGAUAACAUGAGCAGCUGCAGGGCCUUCUAAAAGCACAUCACUCCAUCUAGUGCUUGGCUGAAGACUAGCAAUUGGCAGCUGUGGUUUCGUCAGUAAACAUUAGAAUUUAAGUAGAGUUUGUGUGUUAGAACCUGGGGAAAUAGCUAGACUUGUGUGUAUUUAAGAGACAUCCAUGUGUGUAUUUUAGUUGUGAUAGUCCCUGUUAAUCAUUUAAUUAGCAUGUGUGAAGGCUAAUUGAGUCAGACCUCUGUGCUAGACCAUGUACCAGACAUCACUAAUUCUGUGAUGUCAGCAUGGAUUCAGAGGUAAUAGAGUUCAACCCAAUUUCUUUGGAGGUAAUGACCCAUUAGCACAACAAAGCAUCAAAGAACUAGGUGGGAGAAAGCAGGUGAGUGGGGCCUCUUUCUGGGUACUAGGGCUUAGGUUAGCUAGGUUAGAACAGGUGGGAUGUGACCAUUCUUGGGGGAAAGGCAAGCAGCAGGGCAGGGAUGCAGCUGCCUUUGGAAGAAGCUGGCACUGCUUGGGUUGAGAUGCUCAGAACUAGGGCUGCCAUAUGUCCAGGGUUUCCCAGACAUAUCCGGGAUUUUGACCUUGAAAACCGCAUCUGGGAGGAAUUUGCAGUUCACGGCAAAUUAUCUGGGAAAACUCAUGUGUAUGGCAAUGACACCUUUUUUGAAAAAUAAAGCUCUAAAAGUGGUGAAAAUAAGGCAAAUUUCCCCAAAGCACUCAGCAUGUAUGUUGGGCAGCGGUGGCUGAGGCAAGAGACAGGCUUCGCUGGACUGAGGGAGAGAGAAGGCGUGUGGGGCCUCAGCUCAACUUUUGCACUUGCCUUUUAGAGGCAGCGGCUGGGGCAGGAGGCUCCCAAGUAGGAUGCUGAGGCAGAACCCAGGGAAGGCAGCGCCUGCUCUGCACUGGGCCAUGCCAUUGAGCAAAUCGAACUGAGGAAGGCAGGGAGUGGGCUGGGGGCAGGGUGGGGGGUUUGAGGGGGAGAGAAAAGAAGGAAAGUAGCCGCUCUCGGCAACAGCUGUUGUUGUUCUGGUUGUCAGGUCGAUGGGGGCUCCAGGAGGCAAGCCAGUAUGUAGCCGGGGAAGGGGAUUUUCAAGCUAUGUUAUGAUGUGCCCCCUCCACAAAAGUCUCAAAAGCUCAACAACUUUGGUGUCCGGAUUUUCACUUUUUAAAAUAUGGCAACCCUCUCAGAACCCCCUCCACAGUAGACUCAGGUUGUAAAUAUGUGUAAAUAACCCGUAUUUCAGAAAGAUAGCACAGUCUCCCAUGUGCCUCGUUGUCCAAAGGGAAACACAGACCCCCUUGGUAAAGCACCAGGAACCCCUGGAAUAUCACACUGCUCAUGGAGAUUGGAAUGGAGUGCAAUAUGUUAGAAUCUCCCAUGUGGGUGCGCUGAAGGUCAGUGGGACGUAGGAGAGGAUGUUUCUACCCACACAUGUUGUAGUCAUCCUUUGCUAACCUUCAGCUGCUUUUGGGCUAUGGCCAAAACUAUGAGGCAGUUGCCUUGGGCAGCAGAACCCCAAGGGGCAGGUGCUCAGCCCAUCCCAUCCUCUCUACUAUUGGCGGCUUCUGGCGAGAUCUCAUAGAUGCCAUGAAAUCACAUGAGAUCUCGUCAAAAUCUCGUGUGAUUUUGAGAGCUCACCAGAAUCCAGUGAUGACAUCACCACUUGGCAGGCGCCACUGCACAACCCCAGUGAGAAUGACUUCAGGCAGGAGGCUUCCUUGGCAGGGUGGCACAUUCCUUUUUGCCUCAGGCGGCAAAAUGGGACCGGGUGUCCCUAGUAUUGACUUUUAUGGGGAGUUGCACUGGAAUUUGAUGGGAGUUGUAGGGAGCUGUAUUCCAAAAUAUCUGGAGGCUACUAGGUCAGCAAAGUUUUUUCUAGGCAUAAGCGAUCACCUUUCUAACAAAGAACUUAACCCUGGUACAACUUUAAAGCCUCUCCUUCUCCUACAGAAAAUGAUGGAUGAGUGUCAGGACCAGCGAUGGUGUCAUUUCUCUGUCCACAGCCAUGUGUUCGGCCCUGAUCCAUGCCCAGGUACGCACAAGUACUUGGUGGUCUCCUACAAAUGCAGACCAGGUGAGUGAGUUCAACAAGGCAUUAACUAGGCCAGGGUUCAUUGGUGUUAGCAGUUUAUGAUUCUGAUGUUCCUUUUGAAGUCACAUUUGCUUUUCUUAUUUAAGCAGUCCACAGUCAAGCAAUGUGUACAAAAAUGAACAUAUGUGAUAAAAGCAAGAAUAAACUAAAAAAUAACGCAUCUAUGUGUGCAUAAAACUGCUUCUAUUGGUGAAAAUAACAUGCAAAAAUGCAUUAUAAUAGGGGAAAUUGCACACAAUCAUGUAUAUAUUAGGAGACCAAAAUACUGGUGAAUCACAAAUGGAUGUGGACAGUGCUUUUUUUCCUGGGGGUACGCAGGGGUACGCAUACCCCUAAACAUUUUGUGAAUCUUUGUACUUUUGUCCAUUUACUAUAUUUAUUUUCCCCGAUUUGAACUAUAAAAUAGUGAUUUUCUUGAGUCAAAAUGAGAGUACCCCUAAACAUUUUUUUAGGGAAAAAAGCACUUGAUGUGGAAAUGUGGAGAACGGGUGAGUGGAAAAAAUGAAAAAUUUCGGAGAAACUGAAAUUGACAGAUUUGUCCAUCCCUGUGUCCCAGCAAACCAUCGCCUCAAGACUGUGUGUGAAAAUGAAAAACUGAGACUGCAGUGCCGGAACAAGUCCAUCCUAGCUAUUUACUCUGCCAUCUAUGGGAGGCCUUUGCGGGGAAAGCCAGAAUGCGAAUCGGUGAACAGGACGGGACCUGACAUAGGUAUGAAGGGAAAUGGAGGUCGCCUGGAGUUUCCCAGGACAAAGCUAAGAGCUUCUGGAGCUUCAACGGUCACCAAAGGAUUAAGAGUAGAUCAAUUUUUUAUUUUACCAGAUUCCAUUUCUGAAAUGCUCCUCUCAAAAUAUCUCAAAGCUAUUUCAAAGUACCUUAAGGACUAUCUCAUUUCUUAUGCUCCAACCCCAAUCACUGAUAUUGUCUGGCGGGGCACUUCCUGUGGCUCCCUAUGGCUUUGAAGUUUGGUUGGCCUUCACAGGGGACUGAGCCUUUAGCAUGGCAACCUCUGUCCUGUAGAACUUCCUGCCACUAGAUGUUUAGCCAGAACCAUCUCUCCCUUCUUCUGAAAACUAUCGUCCCUAAAAAUAGGACUUUGCAAUAUGAAUUUCCUUUUUCUUUUUAGUCAUUCAAUAUUUCUUGAUUUGUUUUUGCUGUUUUUAAAAAGUUUUUGCAAAUUUUAUUCUUGCACAUUGUAUAUGCCUUGAUAUAGAUAUUUAUGAAAGCGAGGGUUAUAACUAUGAAAACAAACAAACACCAGUAAUUAAAACAAUUAGGAACAAUUCCUUACUGAAGACCAUAAAAAACAAUCCCAUACAUACAAACAAUUAAAAGCAAUUUCAUAUGUAGUAACAUUUACUGAUCCAUCACAGAUACAUAAUGGGAUAAAGAUCUCCACUUGGAAGCUUGUUGGAGAAAGGCAGGUCUUCCAUAGAGAUCCCAGAUAGUGGCUGUUGAACAUGUGAGAGCUCCAAUUUUAGGCAAUGCCCCCUUUCCUCCUAGCACCCAGUCUCUCACUCGCCUGCUGAGUUUUUCAUGCUGUUUGCAUCACUCAAAGACAAAUCUGGUCUUGAACAAGUGCAUCAGACUUGUUACUGAAUAUCAGCCACAAUAAAUCUGUGACAUGUCUGGCUGGUCUCCCCACUUUGCCCAGGAACUGCUUCAGUCAUGCCACACCACCUGCCCUGCAUCUGAUGUCUCAUACAAUAGGUGAAGAUGCUGCUCCCUGCCAAAUGUUGGGUUUGUAGACACUGCACAUCAGUAGGCAGGUGGCACCUGCAGUGCCCUGUGCCGUUGCCUGCAUGGGUUGAUUUCAAAUCACACAGGCAAAUCAAGAUGCCCCACUUGAAGCCAUUGUGAUGCAAUGUGAUUGACAGAAGGGCAGCCCUAUCCACCAGUCAAAAAGACCCACAGUGAUUGGGGCACCUAACCAUUGUUUUGCCAUCUAGAAAGAGUUCCCCACCUUGGCCAAAGGUGAAUAAUGUAUAAUAACUGUCUGAGAACCUGGCACUAGGGGUUGGUUUCCAUCUGAGCUGAAUGCCAACUACUGGAGCACCUUAGCCCUGCUUCUUCUCCUUGCUGUUUCUCUCUGUUCACCUUUCUGGGUAGAAGAAAAAUUAUGGGAGCAAGGAGUAGCAAAUUUCUCUUAUUUCUCUCUCCUCCCCGUGACAGUUGUAUCAUACCCUCCAACAUUUUCAUCUCCAGAAUGGGAACACCUGAAGGGGCAUGACUUCUGGUCUGGUGGUCUGGCAAUCAUCGCUUGGGUCAUCCCAAAGUGCUGGACUGAACCUGCUGACUUGCACCAGAGUGAGUGCCAGGCCACAAAAUGGGACAUUCCAGGAUACAAACAGAAGCUGGGAUUGACUUCUGUGGUUCCCGCUUAAAACAAGGUGCUUGGAGGUAGAUAUGCUGUAGACUUCAGGCCGAAGAGGUCAGUGAAUAGGCAGCAGCAACAGAAGUGAGGAGAAGGGCACCACCGCCCAAGAUCCUUGCAAAACCUGAAGCCAGCAGUAAUAGAGCCUAAGUGAUGAGAGAUAACCUUCACACUGAUGGAGGCCAUUUAAAUUUACACAGUGGAAGAGAACUUUCAGAAUGCCACUGUUUGUCACAAUGAAAUUUCAGAAGUGUGAUAUCAGGUGAUUGUCAGGCCUGUAGUGGGUGGGGGGGUUGGGGAAGGCAGGAUUUAACCUACUUGCCUUAUGCUGUUUCCCACCCCUAAGUUUGUGGUUGAACUGAAGCCAGGUGUAGCACUUCUGCAACGUUCUUUGGGACCGAAUGUGCUGUGUCCAUGCUUUAGAGUGUCUGGCUCCUGAUGCCUUGAGGAGAGUUUCCCGGAGGUGUCACAAGAAGGAGAACUGCACCAUUGUUGCUGAUAAAGCCACUUUCGGAGACCCCUGCUUCCCUGGAGUGAAGAAACAGCUGAGAGUCUCCUAUACUUGUGGUAAGCUACGUAAAAAAACCUGUAUCAAAUUGUGCUGGAUUGGAAAACUGGCACUGUAGAAAGCAGAGGGACAGGAGAAUGCUUAAACUGCUUGACAGCUGAAGGUUCAGAUAUGGAUGGCACUCCUACCUAUUAGAAUUGCCGCUGCCACAAAAAGUCCCUGUGGCCAAAGGCCCUUCUAGGCCAGCAUCUUGUUCCUCAUAGUGGCCAACCCAGAUACCUCGAGGAAGCUCACAAGCAGGACACAAGGACAAUAGACCUCUUCCACCAUUGUCUUCCAGUGACUGGAAUUCAGAAAUCCUCUGAUGCUGUAGGUAGUAAACAGCCAUCAUUACUGGCAUAAGAACUCAAGACCAGCCCUGCUGGCUCAGCUCAGUGGUCCAUCUAUUCCAGCAUCUUAUUUUCAUAGUUGCCACACAGAUGCAUAUGGAAAGCCUGCAACAGCAAUCUCUCCUCCUGUGGUUUCCAGCAACUGGCAUUCAGGAGCCUCUUGGGCUUGUUGAUCAGAAGGUCAGUGGUUCGAAUCCCCAUGACGGGGUGAGCCCCCAUUGCUCUAUCCCAGCUCUUACUAACCUAGCAGUUCGAAAGCACGCCAGUGCAAGUAGAAAAAUAGGUACCACUGCGGCGGCGGGGGGGAAGGUAAACAGCAUUUCUGUGUGCUGUGGUUUCCGUCACAGUGUUCCAGUGUGCCAGAAGCAGUUUAGUCAUGCUGGCCACAUGAUAUGGAAAGCUGUCUGUGGACAAAUGCUGGCUCUCUCGGCCUGAAAGUGAGAUGAGCACCGCAAUGCCAUAGUCACCUUUGACUGGACUUACCGUAACUGUCCAGGGGUCCUUUACCUUACCUUUUUACCUUUUAUUGAAGUAAAUACAUGUUCUCUCAUGUGCUUCUUGUACUUUACUGUUUCUCUCUCUGACAAGCAGUGACAUUAAAUAAUUCUAGAUGGAAGCAUUUAUUUUAUUCAUAUGUCUCUAUUUACCAGUACUAUUCCAACUGUCUCUUGUCUACCCAAACCCCCAAAUCUUUAUAGUUCCUUUUCAUUAAGAUAAAACUUUUAAGUUUAAUCUUGCUGUUGCUUGCAUAUUUGAAUCUAAGUGUUGCUUGCUUGUUCUUAUUAGACUUGGUGCUGUCCUUCUUAGAAUAGUUUUGAUCUGAUGAGUUUAAGUUCAGUGUGUCAUAGUCUGCUUUAUUUAGUCUGUCUUGACUGCAGCCAUGUUAUGUUUAUGUUAUUUAUCAAGCCAUAGUCUGCCUUGUUAAAUUCUUAAGGUGCUAUUCAUUUAAAUUUUAUUCAGAGCAGACCCACUGAAAUUAAUGAACAUGAGUAAGUUAGGUUAAUUAAUUUUAAUGGGUUUAUUAUUGAUAAAGGGUUGAAUACCACCCCUUGUGCCUUGUGUAUAUAUGGCUGUUUCACAAACACACUGCUAGUGUGCUACUUCAUGCGCAAGCAUUCACUGUUGCACUCAGCAGCAACUAUAAAAUGGGCACCAGUCCUAUGAAAGUUGGCAGCAAAACCUCCACCAUGACACCCCCCCCCAUCACAAACAAUGAUUCCUCUUCCCCUUUUUAGUGCCAAGGCAGCUGCUGGAAGAGGUGGGCCGCAACUCCCAAGAAGACCCUUUCUUAAUCUCAGACUACACCCAUGGUUAGUAUCCCGCUUUUACCUUAAUCACAAGUAAAGCUCUGCUUUAGAAUCUGCUGGUAGAAUCUUCUACCACCACAAUCCAUCUAAGGCAGGCAGGCAGGCAAUCCCUUCUGAAGAUAGUGGUCUCAGGUGGUGAAUGCUGAGAGGACUGUAUCCUAACUGGGGCCACAAAGAAAGAAGAGUGUGCUAUCAGCAUGAUAAGAAGAAUCGUGAGAUUAGCAACUUUUUUUUUAAAAGCGUUUAUUAAUUUUCCAACAAAAACAUCCAAUUAACAUAUCAAAUCAAAUCCAAUAAAAAUAAAAAACUAAAAUAAAAAAGGUCCAAUUGUCUUCCAAAUUGUAAUAAUUUUGUUUUGACUUCCCAUGGUCUGAAUUUCGAAGCGCAUUCAACAUCAUAGUCCUGCCUCUCAUCAACCUCAAUGUUAUUCCUAAUUCCAUGUCCGAUUUUUCCCUUCCACAUUUUGACUCUGGUUCUACGAUCCUCACUCAUGUCAGAAAACCGAUACUUUUUUUUUCUAUGGAGUGCAGAUUUGUCCGUAUAUUGUAGUCCUUGAGCUGUUUUUUCAUUGCACCGCUUCAUUUAAUUGCAUCCAAUUUCAGAGUUCUGUCCAGCUCUUUGAAAGCUGUUAUUUUGGCAGCUCCCAGAUCGUUAAUCUUUCCCAUCCAGGUGUUAUCAAAGAAACAGAGAGAAAUUUCCUUCUGUACCCUCCUUGUUGAUUUAUCUUAAACAGACUCUUUGCAAUGUAGCCAUAUAUCAGACAGUUAGUAAUUGGCCUUUGGAAUCUUCCCAGUCCCCCCUCCGGGCCCUAGAGGGGGGCUGCCAGACAUCCAUUUAGCCCUCUCUUUCGCUCGUAAUCAAAAAAACAUCUUUUUGCAAACAGUUGUAUAUGUAAUAUUGUUUCCAGUCUUUAUAACCAACCAUCCAUUAGCUCCUGUUUCUCUUAAUCAGGGAAGUAUUUCAGAUAUCCAAUAACGACGUGGUGGGAGACGCCAUUUUGUCCUUUGUCCUUUGUUUUCGUCUUUAACAGACAUUUCCGGUCUUAGAAGAGAAGUGGCUGCGAGUAGAUCCCAAUUAUAUAUGAAAGUCCAUCUGAACUCACCUUUUGAAGAGCAAUUUAAGUUCUUAAUGAGACUUGGCAUGCAUUACGGAUUGUUGAUGUUAAGGAUAAAAGAAUUUUUUUUUACAUACCAAGCCCCUCCACAUUCCAAACGUUAUGAUGAGGAUCUCUUUGAAGUUCGAUCUUUUGCACCAGAGACUGUACAUACUACAGUGGUGCCUCGCAAGACGAAAAGAAUCUGUUCCGCGAGUCUCUUCGUCUUGCGGUUUUUUCGUCUUGCAAAGCAAGCCCAUUAGCGGUUUAGCGGAUUAGCGCUAUUAGCGGCUUAGCGGAUCAGCUGAUAAGCGGCUUAGUGGCUUAACGGAUCAGCUGUUAAGUGGCUUAGCGGAUCAGCUGAUAAGGGGCUUAGUGGCUUAAUGGAUCAGCUGUUAAGCGGCUUAGCGGAUCAGCUGAUAAGCGGCUUAGCGAUCAGCUGUUAAGUGGCUUAACGGAUCAGCUGAUAAGCGGCUUAGCGGCUUGGGAAAAAGGGGGGGGGAGGAAAAAACCCCCGCAGGAACUCGCAAGACAUUUUCGUCUUGUGAAGCAAGCCCAUAGGAAAUUCGUUUUGCGAAGCACCUCCAAAACGGAAAACCCUUUCGUCUAGCGGGUUUUCCGUCUUGCGAGGCAUUCGUCUUGCGGGGCACCACUGUACAGGUUUUUUUCCAGCUUCUUCAAUUCAGAGCGUGUCUGUUUGUUUUCCAAAUCUUUAUAUUUUCCCAAACAGAUGCGUCCGGCUAUGGGGUGGCGUCGCAGGAGUGUUAGCCAUCCCUAGCUCCGUGACCCAGUGCCCCUGCUGUCUGCCACAUCGGCAAUCUGGGGCAGACCGCGGGUCGUUGAGACAGUCCUCCCCUGCCCUGGGGAGGCUGCCAGGGCUAAUUACCCCCAUAUCAGCCCUGAAUUAUUGGAACAGCUGAAGUCCGAUUGUGUGGGAUCAGCCAUUUUCCACCGCCGGAAACAGGAAGUCCGAGAUUUGCAACUUUUAAACCCCCCCCCCCAAAAAAACUUUUCACUAAACAACCGAGUGGGUAUUCCAAAAUGUAGCCAUGAAUUAGGUGGAAAAAAUAAAAAUGGAAGGUGAGUGGUGGUUAAGUGUUCUGUUUGGAGGGAGUGAUUGGUUGCAACCCUCAAUAAAGCAUUUUGUGCAGGUCCCAAUGGCUAAUUAGAUUCCCUAUUGAACAAACUAAGGCCCUUCUGAGCCUGUUUUGUGUGCAGAACAGAAAGCAUGAGGGACAAAGCAUGUUCCUUUCCUUUCCAUUAGCUAAUUGCCUUGGUCUAAUAGCACCCAGAACAUCCUUAUUGGCUUCUCCCCCUAGUAUUCACUGUAUUAAAAGGACACAAGUUUCCCAGGGGUCUUAUCUGAACCUUGUUGAGCUGCAUCUCCUUAAUUACUGUAUUGGCCUAAAUAUAAGCUGCACCUGAAUAUAAGCUGCACCUUUAAAAUUGGAGGGGGGCAGGGAGAAAAAAACAACCCCAAAUAUAAGCCACGGCGGACUGGCUGCACGCCUUUGCCCCGUGCUCCUGGUCUACUCUGCUUUGCCAGUGGCCCCCCUUCCCCUCUUCGAUCCAAUGGCUCAGGGUAGGCUUUGGAGUGGCGGGUAGCAGCGCUCCUGGGCUGCUUGCUGGGGGGGGGGAGCCAUGCCCCUUUGCCGGCAGUGUAAGGUCCUGAAUAUAAGCCACACUUUAACUUUUCACAAUUGGAAUUUGGGGGGGAAAGUGAGGCAUAUCUCUAACCCCACUUGGAAGUUUAUCUGGUUGUUAUACAGUGGACCCUUGGGUUACGUUACCUUCGGGUAACAUAACUUUCGGGUUGGGAACGUGGCAAACCCGGAAUUGUAUAAUUCUGGGUUUCACCAUGUGUGCCUGCACAGAAGCGCUUUGCGCACCGCAUGUGUGCGCAGAAGCGGUGCCUCAUGUUAUGGACUUUUCAGGGUAUGUUACAGACCCCUGGAAAAAAUUAAGUUCGUAUCCGGAGUGUCUACUGUAUUUCUUUAAAUAUUCGCUAAAGUAUUCCCACUCCUCUUUUAUAUCCAACUCAUCCUGAUUUCUUAUCUUUGCAGUCAACAUUGCUAACUCCGCAUAUUCUAUUAGCUUAUUCUGCCAGUUUACUUUUGUGGGACUAUUUUCACCUUUGGGCAUAAAAAUCCUUUCACCUUUGGGCAUAACUUAUUCUUGGCGUUGCUGUUGCUCAGAGGAAGAGACUAAGUACUUUCUUGUGUAUUUCACUCUCUACUAUACUCAGUAAGAACAUCUCCAGGGUUUUUUUUUGAGAAAUGAGAACCUUACGAUCUUUUUUUUUAGUUCUGAGUAUAUCAUCUCCCAAUACUCUUUGGCUUUCUUACAGCCCUACCACAUACGUUCCAUCAAUCUCUUCACAUUUCCAGCAUAAAUGUUCAUUUUGCCCAAUUCCAUGCCCACCACUCUUCUCAGUUGUUAUCAGUUCUGCCUUGAAUGGGGGUUCCAUUUUCCAUCUUUGUUCUCCUGCGACUUUCCCUCACUGCUCAAGAUCCCACCUGGGCUCACCUACUCUCUUCAUGUUCAGAGGGAAAUUCAUUGCCCAUGCUCAUUCACGAGGGGCAAGAGACAAGCCAUGUAUCCAAAGCAGAAACUGUGUCAGUGAGUCUAUCCUGAGUGUUAACACUGUGAGAUGAGCAACCAUGGAUGGAAGCAGCAGCUAGAAGCCAGUUAAAGUAUAUUAAAGAAGCAAUAGUGGUGAUGGGGGCCUUGCAUCAUCAGCUGUAGUUUUUGUUUAGGGAAGGAGAGUGAAGGCCAGCUGGCCAUGAAAGAGAGGACCAAGAGAGUACAGGAAGCACUGGAUUAGGCCUAGCCCAGAACAGUCUGCCCCUUGAGGCAAUGGGACAAGAUAGUGCCUAUUUCUCACCUCAUGUGCAGAAGUAAACUGGGUUGGCGGGUAAAUCUGACUGCAACAUCGCUGAUGUGGCAAUGCCCUCCAUUGCAUCAGUGGCAGCAUGCUAGUUUAAAGGUGUGGUAAGACAGGUUGGGUGGUGUACACAGCUCUGUCCUCCAACAGAAGGGAGUAGUUGGGAGGUGUAGGAGAAACAGUCGGGGGGGGGCAGCCACCUCUGCUCUCUGCCCCUGCUGCCUGAAGUGUCCACCACCCUUUGCGUAAUGGCAAGGCCAGCCUUGCAUAGGAAGUGGCCUUGAGUGUAAGGCCUUUGGUCCAUCUCUCAUGGUAUUGUCAACACUGACUCCAGAUUGCAGCCAGCCCUACCUUGCUGUAGAUGAUGGUUCAGUAUCUGGAUGCCACAUAACUUAACCACCUCAUCCUCAGAAUGCACACCUGUCACCUAGCAGAGUAGAGGACUCUGAGAUUCAUUCUUCAUGUGAAAGCAAGGGGCAGUGUGGUGUACCGGUUAGAGUGCUGGACUGGGACCAGAGAGACCAGACCCAGUUUCAAAUCCCCACUCAGCCCUGAAACUCCCUGAGGGACCUUAGUCUCGUCAUGCACUUUCAGGCUAGUCUACCUCAAAGGGUUGUUAUGUGGAUAAAAACAGGGUUGGGUGGGAUAGAAAUGGCUACAAAUGUAAUAAUAAUAUCCUUCUGGUCCCUGAAACGUUUUUGGUCAGCAGAAGUAAAUAGGAAGCAGAGAAAGUGAGAGUGAGGCAAGGCCAAAGCUCACCAAAAUGGUGUGAUGGUGACAGCCCCUACUAACCACCUGCUGUUACAUGCUAACUGCCUCUGGACAUGGAAGUUCUACUGAGCUCUCAUGGUUAAUAACCAUGGGUAAUAAAUCUGUUCUUUCUGAAGUUGUCGUCACUACAACUUGCCUUAUCUCGAGUCAGACCAUUGGUCCAUCUAAACCAACAUUGUUUAUACUGAUUGGCAGCACCUCUCCAGGGUUUCCGGCAGGGGUCUCUCCCAGCCCCACCUGGAGGUGCCAGGGAUGAACCUGGGACAUUCUGCAUGCAAAGCAGUUGCUUCACCACUGAGCCCUGGUCCUUCCCCUUUGUGAUGGUGAGUUCCAUAGAUUACAUGAUAAAGGAGAUGCAGUUUAAGGCUGAACGUCUGUUAGGCAGGCUUCCCUUCUCUCCCAAAACCCUUGUCAGUAAGAACGUGCUAUCCCCUUGUUUGCUGCAGGUGGCUGGUACACUGGGCCGAGGCUUUCCAGGCUCCAAGAAAAUCUGAUGAUAUUUACUAGCUCUCUGGAAACUUUUGCCCUUUUAUGGGGUAUGUCUGACUUCCCUGGGUGUGCAAGACGGGCAGAGUUGGGAUGCUGGGGGAAACCAGGCCAAUCAGGGCCAUGGCAAACAUUAUGUGGGCGGCAAAGCUGUGACUGGGUCUCCCGACCUUUGCGGUAAACGGGGGUGGCACAUGGUUACUGCCAGAACAGAGGAAAUGUGCCACUCCCCAAAAAAGAGAGGGCAAAAGGUUUGCACAUGCUAAAUUAUGUGUUAUAGAUUCUGAUGUAGAAGUGACUGUUAUAGCUGAAACAGAAAUGCAACACGUCUUGCCAUAGCGGUCUGUUCUGAAAACAGAGGACUGCUUUCUGUAAAGCAGGAUAGCUUAACUGUUAAGCAGCUCUUUUAAGCCAUUUUCAUCAGUUCAGCAGUGUUAGGAGAAAGGUGCUUCGCCUAUGUCUCCUACCCCAGCCUUUUCCAGAGCUGAAGUAUCUGUUAGUCUCACUGGAGAAAUGCAGGGACAAUACAGAUCCCCAUCUUCUCACCACAGCAAGACUGUUAGCAGCUUUCAGAUGGGGAGUGGGAUUUAGAAAAAGGAAACAGCACUUCACCCACUCCAAUAAAAACUGAAACCUUAAAGUAAAACUACAAGAAAAGGGUGAACCCAUCAUAGAUGUCACAUAUCACAUUUGACCUUUUGGGAUGCCUUUUCGGUGGGUGCAACCGACACCCUCUUUAAAGACAUCAUCCUAGAGUUGCAGAAGGAAAGCCCACGGAAUGAAUGGGCACCCCCCACCCCAUUUAAUACCGAUUUGCCAGUUCUGUAGAUAUGCAGUAAGUAAAAACUGGGUGUGGAUGUGGUAAAUUCCAAUUAGGCAGGAAAAAUAAAUUUGGGGUGGCAUUUUGAUGACAACGGCAUUGUGUGCGACAGGGAAGGGGAACCUUUGGCCCUCUAAUAGGUUGUUGGACUGCAACUCCCAUCGUUCUCGACUACAAGUCAUGCUGGCUGGGUCUGAUUGGAGAUGUAGUCCAGCAACAUCCCGAGGGCCAAAGGCUCCUCAUCCCUGGUGCAGGCGCUGCAAACUUGCAUGCAUGAGUCACACUGAGUGCACAAUAAAUUGGAUGUGUCCUCUCUGUCAGUCCAUCUCUCUUUUCCUCCAGUUAAACUGCAGACUUAGGUAUAUGAGGAGAAGAGGGUGGCUGGAGCCGAUGCCACGUUCAGGAGGCUCAGUCCCCCCAAACCAUGUCCUUUCUGCUAUUGGCCCCUCCCACUCAACACCCUAUCCCUGCAAGGGCGGAGAAUGUGGGUUGGCUUCCCCCUGUUGAGUCUUACUUUCCUUUUUCUUUGCAGGCGUUCCUGAGAAGGUGGGCUUUUAUUUCCUGUGCGGAGUCUCAGGAGGCCUGGUGUUCCUCCUCCUCCUCUUUGCACCCAAAGUGGCCUUCCUCCAGGAUUUAAAGGAGGCUUUCAAAGCUGCAGAGCUGAGCGAAAGCUUAGAGCUGGAGACCACCAAGCUGCAGGAUGAGCAGGAUGACGAGAACCACGAUGACAGCUCCUCCGACUCCUCCUUCCGCCGCCUCACUCGCACCUACCGCAACUCCAACAAUAUAUUUGGGCCAGAGCUCACUGCGGCCCUGGAAGGAGCAGCAGACCAUAUGGGCCACGAGGGAGAUGAGAUCUGGAUACCCAAGGAGUCCAGCCCAUAUGCCAUCCACAAAAUUAAGUCUGCUACCAAAUGAGAAAGAAUUUGCCAUGGGAACAAGGUCAGAGCUGUCUGUUGUAAGCUGAGGUGGACUGAGCUCAAUGGCUUCAUAGAAUUAUAGAAUCAUAGAAUCACAGAGUUGAAAAGGAUCCCCAAAAGUCAUUUAGUCCAACCCCCUGCAAUGCAGGAAUCACAUCUAACGAAUCCCUGGCAGAUGACCAUCCAACCUGAAUUAAGAGUCCACCAUCUUCCAAGGUAGUCCGUUCCACUGUUCAACAGCUCUUACUGUCUGAAAGUUCUUCCUAAUGUUUAGUUGGACUCUCCUUUAUUGUAACCUUAAUCUGUUGGUUUGGGUCCUACCCUAUGGAGCAAGCAGAAAACUAGCUUGCUCCUCCUCCUUCCACAUCACAGCCUUAUAGAUAUUUGAAGAUGGCUGUGGUAUCACCCUUCAGUCUUCUCUUCUGUAGGCUGAUCAUACCCAACUCCGUCAACUCCUUACAAUAAAGGAGAUUCAUAAUGUCUCCAGACCCUUUAUCGCUGGGGCUUUGCAAAGUUGGUUUUGUUAUCAUCUUUUUCCAUUCCAAAGUAUUUGGGGCAAGGGAUUAGAAAUGUAAAAUAAGUGAGUAUAUUAUGAGUAGGUCCCCAUUUGCAUCUACAUUUAAAGUAGUGUUAUACCACUUUAAACUGUCAUGGCUUCUCCCUUCCAGAGCUGCAAUUCACAGAGUGGUUUAACAAUCAAUCCUUUUCCCCAGAGAACUUUGGGAGUUGCAGCGCUGUGAGGGGAAUAGGGGGUCUCCUAACAACUCUCAGCACUUGUUAACUACAGUUUCCAGGAUUCUUUCAAUGCCUAGUGCAGAUGGGACCUUAAGUUAGUUAGAUCAGAGAUAGGGAGCCUGUGGUGACCUCCAGAUGUUGUUGUACUAUAACUCCUACCAUCCCUUCCCAUUGGUCAUGCUGGCUGGGGAUGGUGGGAGUUGGAGCAAAGUGAUGCCUUCCAGUUGUUGCUGCACUACAACUCCCAUCAUUCAUGACCACCCCGUGGGCAUUGCUCUGCUCUUAUCAUAUUUCUUUCAUUUUCUGAAUGCCAAACUAGACCAAGUUAGAUAUAGGAGGAAGAACUGCCGGGUCUGCCUGGUUUCAGUGGCCUUCAGCAACACUAUCCAGAGAAACAUCAAUGUGGAAACCUGGUCUUUGUUGUUGUUGUUGUUGUUUUAAAAAAAUACUCUAGCUCAGUAUAUGUAACACCUGGAAGCUGACUUGACAUAAAACUAUGUAAUGUGAGUUUUGAAAACAGGGAGAGGCUGCUGUGUUUAACAGAUUGAUUUGCUCUUCCUACUGCAUUUUUAACCUUAUUUUUCAGAUACGCUCAUGAGCAAAAUCCGGCAGCACCUGCAUCCUUCUCUGGAUGUGUUUAACAGGCCUGAAUGCCAAGAGCUGUAAAUCUGAAAAUAAAAAUAUUUUGCACAAAA